AUGGAGAAACACUCCAUGCGUCACCUCCUGUGGGCUGCACUGUUCCUGUUGUACUGCAGCUGCGGGUGUUUGGCUGAUGUUGUGCAGCAGUUACCACAGAAAGGACAAAGUGCUCUACAGGCGUACACCGUCUCUGAUACUCCUGAGGAAUGGCAACCCAUUCGCAUUUCCGUGUAUACAAAAUUUGUUGAGGAUGUUGUGAAGGAAUGCAUAAAACAGCGUUCGGAGGGUGAUUCCAAUACUACCGUCGAAUUCUGUAGCGGUGACAAUCAAAUGACAGCAGCGAAGAUGAAUACUCUUUUUAAGGAUCUCCUCCCUGAAGCGAUUAAAUUGCACAGGGAUCGCCUGAAUGUGCAGCCAUUGCAGAGCAAUCUGAAGAUACAGGAAGAGGAGGUUCGCUGGUUUACGAGCAAUUGCUGGGGAUUCAUUAUUCCCAGUGAACAUAGUACUGAAGGUAUUCCCAAUGCUGAUUUUAUGCUUUACGUGAAUCUCGGGACAGAGCGUAAAAGUUCGGCGGUUUGCUCUAUAGAUGAGAAUAAGCGACCAACAUCUGCCCGCAUCAGUUUUGUCCCGAAGGAGAUCGUCGACACGAGACAUUACAUUCGUUUGGCUGCACACGAUAUUGCGGUUGGACUUGGAUUUACCACCGAAUAUAUGAGUAAAUAUCUCACGACAGCAUCAGCAUCUAUCUUCAUGAAUGGCGUACCAAAGUGGCUCAUGAUGGUGCAGAGUAACACGGUGAAGGAUAGGGCCGUGAAGCACUACGGCUGCCAGGGUCAAACUCUCAAGGGAAUGAUUUUGGAUAAUAAAGGCGAUACUUAUUCCGGAUAUUGGGAGAGGCGCAUCGCACGGGAUGAGUUGAUGAGUCCGUACACUGGUGAACCCACUGGAAUGUUCUACACUAACCUGACACUUGCAGCAUUUGGUGAUAUGCCUUUCUACGAGGUUAAUUUCAGCAUGGCAGAACCGAUGAGUUGGGGGAAUCAAUCGACCUGUGACUUCAUACAAAGCACAUGCACAGCAAUCAGCAAAACAUUGAAGUCCUCUAACGUCUUCUGCCAGGAAAGUGAUAAACCUGUACUACAGUGCACUUCUGAUCGCUUUGGUCUUGGUGUCUGCUCCAAGGUCGACACGAACACGCAUAGUAUGUCCGGUGAGUACAAGUUAUUUGAAAUUGUUGGUGAACAGAGUGAUAUGAUGAAAGGCUGUCCCAUCAUUAGGCCGUUUCAAGAGACCAUGUGCGAGAAUGGUAAGGAGACACUGAUGCCUGGAAGUAUUGUGGACAAGAUGUCACGGUGUCUGGAUCUGAAGGAAACGGUGGAAAUCGAUGAAAAUGGAAAGGAAGUGAAGGUUCAAGGCAUUUGUGCAAAGGUGAAGUGUGAUAAUGGCAAGGUGCAUGUGCAUUACAAAGGGGACAAAGAGAAAGUGAACGGGGAACAAGAAUGGCACGAGUGCACCGAGGAGGGCACUAUUAAUCUGCAGGGUUCAGUGUUCACGAGUGGAACUAUUGUGUGCCCCAAAUACGCUGAAGUGUGCACCGGGCUACCGGAAACCGAACCUUUUAAUAUUCCAUAUGAAGAAGUUGUGGAAAAGCCUGAAGAGGAAGAAGAGGAGGAAAAGCCUGAAGAGGAAGAAAAUCCUGGGGAGGAAGAGGAGGAAAUGAACAGUGGCACGGGAGAUCAGGACCAGACCCAAAAACCUAAUGAUAAUGAGGACGGUGCCACUGACAACAGCAUCGCUCUCUCGUUCUUUGAACCUCUUAUGCUUCCUGUGUGUAUUGUUGCUGCGGUGGUGGCCCUGUGA